UCCGCCGUUCAAUUGAUUCACAAAAUUUUCUUCCCUUCAACAAUAAUUUCCACACUUCUUGUCCAAAGUAAUUUUCUUUAGCAUUAUUUGGGGGUCUAUCCUGAGAGAAACUCCUUUACUCCAUUUGAGCUUGAUCAUUCUUCAGGGUACACAAAAGCUAAUUGAUAAUUAAGUUGCAAUGGCAACACAUGAUGUCAAUUUAAACGACGCAGCCCAUGCGGAGCGUUCAAGGCUUCAUCUGGCUGCGUUGAAAGGUGACUGGAAUUCUAUCGAGGACAUGCCAAACAUUCAAAGAGAAAUUACUAAGAAAAGAGAAACCACUCUUCAUAUUGCUGCUGCAGCAAACCAGGAAGAGUUUGUAAAGAAUUUAGUAGAGGGGAUGAGUAGUGAUGACAUAACAGCUGAAAACACUGUUGGGAGCACUGCCUUGGCCUAUGCUGCUGCAACUGGAAAUGUGAAUAUUGCCAAGGCAAUGCUGAAGAAAAACACAGACCUGCCAAACCUAGGUAGUGGGAUGAAACCACUUUUCAUGGCCGCUUUAUUAGAACACUAUCAAAUGGUGGAACAUCUUUCUCGUUCGACAAAGACUUGGGAGUGGGAUAUAAGAGAUCAGACUGAACUAUUUGUCACUUAUGCUAGGGUUGGGUACUACGGUAAAGCCUUGGAAAUGAUGAAGGCCAACUCUAAUUUAGCUACCGCUAAAAACAGAUUCAAUGAUACUGCAUUGCAUGUGUUAGCUCGCAAACAUUCGGCAUUUGUUAGCGGAAGUCAACAAGGAAUUUUAAGGAGACACAUCAAUUCAUGGAUGAAGUUAAAACAGGACUCAAAGCAAAUUCAAGCCCAUGAACUGGUUAAAGAAAUAUGUGUUCGAGCUUACAAAUAUGACGUUGAGAGUUUAAGUGAAAACCAAGAGUUAUCACAAUCACUAUUUGUUGCAGCUGAAGUAGGCAACGUUGAAUUCUUAAUUGAGCUUAUUCGUUUUGACCUUGAGCUAGCAUUGAAAACAGAUCAAACCAAUCGAAGCAUAUUUCAUAUUGCUGUUAAGGAACGCCACGAGAGCAUCUUCAAUUUACUACAUGAAAUAGGCUCAUUUAAGGACCUCAUAGUGAAAAAUAUAACCAAUGGUGGAAACAACAUGCUACAUUUAGCUGCAAAAUUGGCACCCCAGCAUAAGCUUAAUGCAAUAUCAGGAGCAGCUCUUCAACUACAACAAGAACUAUUAUGGUUCAAGGAGGUGGAAAAGGUUGUUAAAUCGUUGUUGAAGGAAAUGAAAAAUGAAGCAGGGGAAACACCGUAUGUUUUAUUUGCAACGAGGCACGAGGAGCUAAGGAAGGAUGGAGAGAGUUGGAUGAGGAACACAGCUAACUCAUCAAUGGUGGUUGCUACACUAAUUUGUUCUAUAAUAUUCGCUGGCCAACCAACUGAUGGAAUAAAACAUAGUUCUGAGAAUUCUAAUCUUGAACUGGCCUUUUCAGUUUCAAGUGCAAUAGCAUUAUUUUGCUCAUCAACAUCCCUAAUAAUGUUCUUGUCCAUCCUUACCUCACGUUAUUCAUACAAUGACUUCCUUGUGUCAUUACCUAUUAAGUUGAUGAUUGGAGUCGCAUCACUUUUCAUCUCAAUUGCCAGCAUGAUAGUUGCAUUUUGUGCAUCCUUCAAUUUGAAAUAUCAUAAUCAUCAGGGAUUUCCAUUGAUGGCUGUUGUGUUUGGGAUCUUUUCCUGUGUACCGAUCUUAUACGUGUUGCUGAAGUACCGCCUAUUAUUUGAUAUAGUCCGAUCUACCUGUUUCUCUAGCUCUCUGUUUAAGCCAAGGCAUCGAUUACUUUACUAGCACGCAAUGGCCAGUCAAGUGCAACUAGUCAACUUUUCUGUUGCUUUCUUUUGAAUCUGUAAAAUGUAAAUGAAUAAAUUUGAACUCCACUAUAUUGCGGGGACGUGCUCGAGUUUGUAUAUUUUUGUUAAGCUUUUCUGUUGCUUUCUUUUGAAUCUGUAAAAUGUAAAUGAAUAAAUUUGAACUCCAUUAUAUUGCAGGGA